AUGUAUAAACGUCAAAGAACAUCAAACAGUACUAUUAAGGAAUCCAGAAAUUCAUCCAACCCAUCUGGUGAAAGUUUUGAUGAUGCACGCAAUGAUCUACUUGAUGAUCCAACUCUCGAUGAAUUUAUUAUGGAUAUUAAUACUCCUCAUAACAGUACCUCUUUUAAUAAUGAAUCUCUUGAGGAAUCGGAUAAAUCACCUAUCAAAAAGUCAAAUUCAAAUGUAACUAAACGCCUUUUGCAUUACAAACCUAAUAUUAACUUAAGAGAUGGAUUACUUCAUUUACUGCAUGUUGUGCAUAAAAAUUUGUAUUUAAUUAUGAAUCAAAUUUGUAUUAAUAAAUUUUAUACUAUUGGUGUGAAAAAUUGCUGGAAUUAUGAACCAGAUAAUCGUCCAACUGUCAACCAGGUUAUUGCAAAAUUAGAUGAAAUUAUUCAAAAAGAAAAUGUUCAAUUAUCAAGUGAACAGAAGAAUAAUAUUGAAGUUCCCAAAAAUAUUAUUGAUAAUUCAUUACAUGGAGAAAUGUCCCAAUUUAUUGAAAAUUUUAAUAAUAUGAGUACAGUCGAAAUAGAACCUUUAAUCUCAUCAAAUAAUAAAUUUAACAUAAUGGUUAAUGAAAUAAUACUUCAUCUUGAAAAUACAGAAAUGAUAAGAAAAAAACAUAAAGUCAUUAAUUAUCUUAAUAAUCAUAAUAAAACUCCACAAGAAUUUUAUGCUUGGUUAUUAAAUAAUCAAAAUGAUUCAAAUUCUACCUUUUUACUUGGAGUAUUUAAUCAUUUUGGAAUUGAAGUCAAUGUUGACGAACAAAAAGCAUUUGAUUUAUAUCAAAAUGUGGCAAACUCUGGAAAUGUAUUUGGAAUAACUAGUUUAGGAUAUUGUUAUGUUUUAGGAAUUGGAAUCAGUGUUGACCAGCAAAAGGCAUUUGAACUAUAUCAAGAAGCUGCAAAUUUAGGAAAUCCACGUGGAAUAUUUAGUUUAGGAUAUUGUUAUGAUAAUGGAAUUGGAACUAAUAUUAAUAAACAAAAGGCAUUUGAAUUAUAUCAAAAGGCUGCAAAUUUAGGAAAUUCAGGUGGAAUAUAUAAUUUAGGAUGUUGUUAUAAAAAAGGAAUUGGAACUGAUAUUGAUAAACAAAAAGCAUUUGAAUUAUAUCAAGAAUCUGCAAAUUUUGGUAAUAGUUCAGCUCAAUAUAAUCUUGCUUUAAUGUAUGAAAAUGGAGAAGGGAUUAAGAAGGAUAUAAAUCAAGCAACUUAUUGGUAUAAUAAGUCUGCUGAGCAAGGAGAUCAAGGUGCCCAAAACAAAUUAAAUAAAUUAAAUAAACGCAAAUGGAAAAUUUUUGUAUAA